AUGUCUAGAUGUAACUACACUUUCGUUACCAUUUCUCUCUUUCUUUCUAUUCCUAUCUUGUCUUUUCACUAUUUCUUUUUCUUUUUCCGUUUUUCUUUCCUUCUUUUCCUCUGCCUUGUUAAAAUUUGCUUUAUCUCUGGAAAAGGAAGGAUUAUUUUGGAAACCAUGGCUAGUACUAUGCAGGAGUUGGAGAAAGCUCUCUUGGAGAAAGAAAUUCUUAUCGAGGAGCUGAGUCAAACAUUACAAGAGAAAGACGAGUUGAUUGAGGAACUUCGCAGUCAAUUGGAUAAAUAUCAAUCCGUUCUUCCGUUGUCUUCGUCACUGGCCGUGGUGGCUAGUGGCGGUGGACCUCGGAAAGUGAGGGCACAAGGAAUAUCUGCAGAACCUCAGGCAUUACUCUCUUUACAGGAAUUCAAUCAGCAUAAAUUCAGAAAGCACUCCAAAAGUCACAGUUCUUUCUUUAUCUAUAUAGCCAUCUCAAUCUAUCUAUCUAUCUGUCUAUCUAUCUAUCUAUCUAUCUAUCUAUCUAUCUAUCUAUCUAUCUAUCUAUCUCAUAUCUGUUCUUUCUUUCUUCCUAUCUAUCUCAAUAUGUUCUUUCCUUCUUUCUAUCUAUCUAUCUAUCUAUCUAUCUAUCUAUCUAUCUAUCUAUCUCAUUUUGCUCAUUUCUCAUUCAGUUGUUUCGAUUUCGAUUAA